AUGGGCAAGAAGCAAGCAACCCCAGCCUACGUCCUUGGCGUGGGCAUGACCAAGUUCAUCAAGCCACGCGGCAAGGUCGACUACCAUGAGUUGGGCUAUGAAGCUGGCAUCAAAGCCAUGCUUGACGCCAAGAUCAACUACGAUGAUGUCGACCAGGGCGUUGCAUGCUAUGUCUACGGUGACAGCACCUGCGGCCAGCGAGUGUUCUAUCAAUUCGGCCAGACCGGCAUCCCUAUCUACAAUGUCAAUAACAACUGUUCGACUGGCUCUACUGGCCUCGUCAUGGCACGCACAAUGGUCUCAUAUGGUGCUGCGGACUGCGUGCUGGUCGUCGGUUUCGAGAAGAUGAACCCUGGUAGCUUGCAAUCCAUGUGGAACGAUCGCGAGAACCCAACGGGACUGUUUGGAAAGAUGAUGGCCGAGACACGGGGUUAUACCAACGCACCUGGUCCCGCGCAGAUGUUCGGAAACGCGGGUGUGGAAUACAAGGAGAAGUACGGUGCUAAGAACGAAGACUUCGCCGAAAUCGCCCGCGUCAACCACGAGCACUCCAAGCGCAACCCCUACUCCCAAUUCCAGACCGAAUACACUCUCGAGCAGAUCAUGAAGGCACCCAUGCUCCACGAGCCCCUGACUAAGCUACAGUGCUGCCCGACCUCGGAUGGCGGUGCCGCCGCCGUCGUCGUCUCACAAGACUUCCUGGAUGCUCGUCCCCAUCUCAAGGAACAUGCCAUUCUUAUCGCCGGCCAGAACCUCUCUACCGAUACCGACAAGUUAUACAGCAAGAGCUCUAUCGACCUGAUGGGAUUUCACAUGACACGCCGGUCGUGCCGCGCUGCCGCGGCUGAGGCUGGUGUGAAUGUUAAGGAUAUCAAGGUCUGCGAGCUGCACGACUGCUUCUCAGCCAAUGAAAUGAUCACUAUCGAUGCGCUAGAGCUGUCCGAGCCUGGCAAGGCUCAUGAGAUGGUCCGCCGUGGUGAUAUCACGUACGGCGGCAAGAUGGUCAUCAACCCCUCCGGUGGUCUCAUCUCCAAGGGUCACCCACUUGGUGCUACUGGUAUUGGCCAGUGCGCUGAACUAGUCUGGCACCUGCGUGGUUGGGCCAAUAACCGCCUGAUCGACGGUACCUCCGCGGCACUGCAGCACAAUCUUGGUCUUGGUGGCGCCGUUGUUGUCACAGUCUACAAGCGUACUGACGGCAAGGUCGCCACUGCGGUGCCUUCUGAUAUUGUUGGCAAAUUCAAUGGUCUGGGAUACAACCCAGCUGUGGAGGCUAAGGGGUUCACUGCCGAACAGGCAAAGUCGGUCGUGAGCAAGAAGCACAGCGUCCAGUAUGCUCUUGGUGAUACCCAAGAGCGAGUCCUUGCCAGAUUCUAA